UUUUCUCACAGCAAUCCAGAUACCUUUAUCCGAACCGAUAUGUCUCCAUACCAUCUUUUCAAGUUUAGAGUUUGGAUUUUCUAUUUUUCUAAGUCAGGCCAACGUCCGAGACAAUUUUUCCGUUCUCAAUUCUUUUUUUGCUUCAAUUUUUUAAAUAUAAAAUUUGUACUUAUGGGUACACCUUUUUACAACUUCUUUUGUCUUUUUAAAAAUAAGGGUUAUCUUUCCUCUACCUCUCCAAUCAUUAAAAUAUUCUUUAUUUUCAUUACUCUCUUAAAAAUCCUUUUGGCCAUAAUUAUUUAAAUUGGGUGGCUCUUUAAACAAUUUGGACACCUGCCUUUUCUUCUUUUUUCAUCCCCACAUUUAUUAUACAUAUUUUUUCUCUUCUUUUAUGUAAUUUUUGGGGAAAUUUUUUCUUUAAAAAUUUUUUAAAUUAAAAGUUAACUGACCCGGCUAUUAUUGUCAGCCGUGUCCAAAAAGUGGAGACUGUAUUUCCUACAAUAUUGCUUAACAGGGCUGUAUUUUUCAACUAUCCUUCAGACUGGGGAUUUAUGUAUUAAGAGGAUAGGGCACUAAUUGAGGGGGGCUUUAUUAGUGGGAGUACGGUAAUUAAUAUUAAUUUUUUAUUCAUUUAUUAUGACUUUAAAAACCAUUUUAUUAAGAAAAGUGUUUUUCUGAAAUGUUCGCCUAUUAUCGCCUAAAACGUUUUUAAAAGCUGGCCACAAGCUCUUAGACGUCCUCAACAAUUUUUUCCUCUCAACGCUAUUUUUUAUUGCCUUUUAAACAUGUUUUAUCUCUCUCUCUCUGACCACUCUUUCCAACAAUGUUCCUCCCCUAAGGCGGUUGGCAAUAGCGGCUGGCUGACAGAAAUGUAUGACAGAAAAUAUAAUAGCAACAACA